AAACCCGCGGCGGCGGUGCCAGCACCCAUCCGCCGCGGUCGGGGCCGGCUUUCCGCAGGGGCGGCCGGGGGCGCGGGGGGUGCGCGGGCGGCAGCCGGGUCAUGCAGUACCAGCCGCCGGGCGCGGCGCCGGCGGCCCUGGGCGUCGGCGUCCCGCUGUACGCGCCCACGCCGCUGCUCCAGCCCGCGCACCCCACGCCCUUCUACAUCGAGGACAUCCUGGGCCGCGGCUCCGCCGCCGCCCCGGCCCCCCACUCCUUGCCCGCCCCGCCACCGCCGACGCUGCCGUCGCCCAACUCCUCCUUCACCAGCCUGGUAUCCCCGUACCGGACCCCUAUCUACGAGCCGACCCCCAUCCACCCGGCCUUUUCCCACCACCUCGCUGCCACCUACGGCACCAGCGCCUACGCGGGACCCCUCUACUCUUUCCCCCGCGCCGUCGGCGACUACGCGCACGCCCUGAUCCGGCAGGACCCCCUAGGGAAGCCGCUGCUGUGGAGCCCCUUCAUCCAGCGGCCCCUGCACAAGAGGAAAGGGGGUCAGGUCCGCUUCUCCAACGACCAGACCAUCGAGCUGGAGAAAAAGUUCGAGACGCAGAAAUAUCUGUCCCCACCAGAGAGGAAACGCCUGGCCAAGAUGCUGCAGCUCAGCGAGAGGCAGGUCAAAACGUGGUUUCAGAAUCGCAGAGCCAAAUGGAGGCGUCUAAAGCAGGAGAACCCUCAGGCCACCAAAAAAGAAGAAGUGGAAGGUGCUGACAGUCACAGUGACCAAAGGCCGGAGAACUGCCCAACCCCAGAGCAGAAGGGUAAGGAGGUGUCCCUGGACAGCUCACAGUACAUCCCCUCGCCCGCCUCACAGGAAGACCUGGAGUCAGAUGUCUCCGAGGAUUCCGAUCAAGAAGUGGACAUUGAAGGCGAUAAAAGCUAUUACAAUCCUACCCACUAAUGGCCCCACGAAGAAAGUGGACCCUAACUUGGCUUGCACUUUACCAGGGGCUGGUUUGGAAGAAUAUUAUGCUAAAGGAGGAGAAAACUGUUGCCAUUCCACUGAAAGCCAAAAAACCCCCCCACUCAACACCAAAGAGACUCAUUUUAUAAUAAGCAGUGAAAGAAAUACGUAUUUUCAGCAAAAGGUCAUUUUUUUGCAGAUCUCUAAUUUGGUUAAAGGAACAUGGUUUGUAUUUAAUUAUUUGUAAGAUAUAUCUGUACAUUAAUCGAUAUUCUAACUGGAAUAUAAUACUGUACCCUGUC